AUGAGUGGUAGUAGAAAAAACGAUGAGAAGGAUAACAAGGACGGUCAAGAAGGAGGGUGGGCUUCAACGUUUUUUAAAAUAGCGGGUGCAGCCGCGGCAACGGCGGCCGUAGUUGGUGGCUUAUACAGUGUCCUAAACCAACCCCAAGCUGAAGUGACACCAUAUGGAGUGCGUCAACCUGAUCCUGAGGUUGUGAUACUGAAAGUGGACGGUUCGCUUCUGCCCGGAAAAGCAGGCUGUGGUGGAUACCUAAGCAGCGCGUCAGAGAAAUGGAUACGCGGAUUCUCUCAGAAGUUGGAUCCAAGGUUAAGAGAAGACGAAACUGAGAGACAAGCAAUUCUGAAAGGUUUGGAAUGGGUUAGGGAAAACGGAAAGAGGAAAGUUGAGGUGAAAUCAGAUAAUUCUGGGGUUGUAAAUUUAGUGAAUUCUGGACGUAGAUCUAAUGAUUCAGUCAUAUGUGAAAUAAGAGGUCUUCUUCGUAGUACUGAUUGGGAAGCCAAGUUGAGUUGGAUCCCUGGUGAUCAAAACUCAGUUGCUGACAGGCUUGCUCAUAAAGCUCAUGGAUUACCUUCUUUUGAUCUGUUUGAGAUUGAUUUUCCCCCUCAAAACUGUACCAACCUGCUCUAG